AUGAGCUUGAAUAUUUUGGUAUUGGGAAACGGUGGUAGAGAACACGCCUUGGUUUGGAAGCUGGCAGAAUCUGGUUCGGUGAGCAAGAUCUACGUCGCUCCAGGUAACGGUGGAACUGCCAAAAUUGGUGGUAAAGUUGAAAAUGUGGGCAAUUUGAGCCCUGUACCAGCCCAAUUUGACGCCCUGCAAAAAUUUGCAGUGGAACACAAGGUGGGUCUUGUAGUACCAGGCCCUGAACAACCACUUGUCGAUGGAAUCGCUGAUGUAUUUCAGAAAGUCGGUAUCCCAGUUUUCGGGCCAUCUGCGAAAGCUGCCGUAUUUGAGGGCUCGAAAACUUUCUCUAAAGACUUUAUGGCUAAACACAACAUUCCAACUGCCCGUUACGCCAAUUUCAGUGACUACGAGGCUGCAAAGUCUUAUUUGGAGAAAGUUGAUUACAGAAUUGUUUUGAAGGCCGACGGUAUUGCAGGAGGUAAAGGUGUUUUGAUCCCAGAUUCUCAAGAAGAGGCACAAGCAGCGCUCAAGGCCAUGAUGGUCGAAAAGCAGUUUGGCUCUGCAGGUGACUCCGUUGUCAUCGAGGAAUUUCUCGAAGGUGAUGAAAUCUCCAUCUUGACAAUCUCCGACGGCUACACUACUUUUAGUCUCCCACCUGCUCAGGACCACAAAAGAAUCGGUGAAAAUGACACCGGCUUAAACACCGGUGGUAUGGGUACCUAUGCACCAGCACCAGCCGCCACGCCAGCUCUUUUGAAGCAAAUGGAGGAAAGUGCCAUUAAACCAACCAUUGAUGGUAUGAGAAAAGACGGUCGUCCUUUCGUGGGUGUGCUAUUUACCGGUUUUAUUUUGACCAAGACUGGCCCCAAGGUACUUGAGUACAACGUCAGAUUCGGUGACCCUGAGACGCAAACCGUUUUGCCUUUGCUAUCUGACGACACUGACUUGGCUGAAGUCUUCGUUGCCGCUGCUGAACACAGACUGGACUCUGUGAACAUCAAAAUUAAGGACAACUGUUACGCCACGACGGUUGUACUCGCAGCCGGCGGUUAUCCAGAAGCCUAUGCCAAGGGUGACGUUAUCACAAUUGAUGAAAGUAAGCUCCCCAGGGACGCUUACAUUUUCCACGCCGGUACAAAUGUAGAAAACGGAAAAGUUUUGACAGCAGGUGGCAGAGUAAUCGCUGCUUCUGCAGUCGCCCCGACUUUGAGAGAAGCAGUGGCAAAGGCUUACGAAGGUGUUGACUGCAUCCAGUUCAAAAACAGAUACUUCAGGAAGGAUAUUGCCCACCGUGCUUUCAAACUCGCUGAAGAAGUAGAAAAGGCGACGAAAUCGAUCACUUACGCCGAAGCUGGUGUUUCGGUCGACAACGGUAACCUUUUGGUCCAGAAAAUCAAAGAAAAAGUCAAGUCUACCAAAAGAUCGGGAGCCGAUUCGGACAUUGGUGGUUUUGGUGGCCUUUUCGACUUGAAGGCUGCUGGUUACAACACGGACGAGACCCUGCUCGUAGCUGCCACCGAUGGUGUUGGUACCAAGUUAAUGAUUGCUCAAGAGACUGAUAUUCACGACACUGUCGGAAUUGAUUUGGUUGCCAUGAACGUUAACGAUUUGGUUGUUCAAGGUGCUGAACCAUUGAUUUUCCUCGACUACUUUGCGACCGGUGCUCUGGACAUUAAGGUUGCCUCAGAUUUUGUAUCUGGUGUUGCCGAUGGCUGUAUAAAUGCUGGCUGCGCUUUAGUUGGUGGAGAAACAUCCGAAAUGCCGGGUAUGUACCCAGCAGGACACUACGACACCAACGGUACCGCUGUAGGCGCUGUUAGCAGAAACAAGAUUUUGCCCAAAAUUGAAAACAUGAAGGCUGGUAACGUGUUGUUGGGUCUUGGAUCUGACGGUCUUCACUCUAACGGAUUCUCUCUAGUGAGAAAAAUCAUCGAAACCACGAAUGUGCAGUGGAGUGACAAGUGCCCAUGGGACUCGUCCAAGACCGUGGGUGAAGCCACACUAGUUCCUACCAGAAUCUACGUCAAACAGCUUCUUCCAUCGAUUAGAGAAAGCCUAUUAUUGGGUCUGGCUCAUAUUACUGGUGGCGGGCUAGUGGAGAAUAUUCCUCGUGCUCUGCCAGACAACCUGCAGGCAGUGGUUGACAUGAAGAACUGGACGGUCCCUGAAGUUUUCAAGUGGUUUGGAAAAGCCGGGAAUGUUCCUGUGGAUGAUAUUUUGAAAACUUUCAACAUGGGUAUCGGUAUGGUCUUGAUUGUUGAAGAGCAAAACGUGGCCAGAGUGAAGGAAUUACUGUCACAGGCAAAUGAGACGGUCUACGAAAUCGGCUCUCUAGUCGAAAAAGCGGCCGGCGCUCCCGGCUGCGUUGUGAACAAUGCAACCAACCUAUACUAG